AGAGGAGGGAUGUAUUGAAACAGACUACUGCUACUUACAGCACCACGGUAUAGCAGCCCAGCUCCUACAUUUUGCUGCCUUACUGUGCCCCGAAUGCACUGGAGAGGGGAUGGUCCAUCGUUAAUUAUAAACUGAUUCUCAUCAGGAAACUGCACAUUAUCUCACCAUCACUUCAAAGGUCUCCUCAGGCAGAGGUGACGCCAGAUGAUUUAAAGGUGAAAAUGACAAGGUUUUCACCCCUCAAACCUUGGCUCCUUUUUUGACAAUACAAUCUGAAUGAACCUGAUGUCUCCUUUAUUGUGGAAAUAGCAUCAGAAGAGAAAAACAUAUUUUUUAAAAUCCUGAUAAAGAAGACUGUUGGGAAGCUCUUUCAAAAAAUCUCCGAUUGUGGCACAGAUGGAUUUUAGAAAGUGUUAGAGAUUUCCAAUGAGCACUAAUAGAGUGCUCUGCUCUUGGCUGGAUUUUUCAGAGCAUGGCCAUGGUCUCUGCGAUGUCCUGGGCCCUGUAUUUGUGGAUGAGUGCGUGUGCAGUGCUGCUCUGCCACGGAGCCCUUCAGCACACUUUCCAGCAGCACCACCUGCACAGACCAGAAGGAGGGACAUGUGAAGUGAUAGCAGCGCACAGAUGUUGCAAUAAGAACCGCAUUGAGGAGCGGUCGCAGACAGUCAAGUGCUCCUGUCUACCCGGGAAAGUGGCUGGAACAACCAGAAACCGGCCUUCCUGUGUCGACGCCUCCAUAGUGAUUGGGAAAUGGUGGUGUGAGAUGGAGCCUUGUCUUGAGGGAGAAGAAUGUAAGACACUCCCUGACAAUUCCGGAUGGAUGUGCGCGACAGGCAAUAAAAUUAAGACCACAAGAAUUCACCCAAGAACCUAACAGAAGCAUUUGUUGUAGUAAUAAAGGAAAAUCAACUCGGCGGAAAGUACAUUUUCAGAAUUUCAAACAUCUAGCACAUUAAAAGCCAAAUGGAGUUCUUAUUUGCGCUUUGACUUGUUACCAGAUAAUCACAGUGCUUUUACUGUGUGUCAUGAAGUAUCCUAUAGUGGGAAGACCGGAGUUUUGGCCAACACCAAGAAAAGUGGGUUUUAGAAAACAAAAGAUUUUCUCAGUGAAAAUUUUGGAGAUUAUGAAGAACAAGCAACUAUCUUCUAAUUUGGAUCUAUAGUUACUUUGUACCAUUUGAAAUAUAUGUAUAUAUAAUAUUUUGAAAUAUUAUAUAUUCUCUUCAGGAAAUGAACAGUACCACAGUUUGAGGCGGCUGGUGUUAUCACUUUGAAUUUUGGAUGUUUAGUUGUGUUGCUUUUUGUUGUCAUUUCUUUUUCUAUUGGCAAGGAAGGCGUGCCCAUCUAAGAGCUUGGCAGGGCACUCACACUGGAAGGCCAGCCACGGGUGGACUCCUGGAGCCUGGGGCAGCGCGACACGGAAUCGAGCUUCCUUCCGUUUCACCCAGAUGCCCAAGGAAGCAAGUGUCCUGCUUCGUUGCUUCCUGCCCUGUGCAAUGUCGGCAUGCGAGCUUGGCUCACUAACCAUACUUCCUGUUCACUUGAUAGAUAAUAACCGUUUGAACCUCUCCCAGGAAAACAUUUUUAGAAUACUAGCUUUUACACAGAUAAGAAAGAUAGGAUUCUGGAGGGAGCUGCUCCACCAUGCUCUUAAGACUCUGGUGGAGUUGUGGUAGAAUAUGAACCCCUGCAUUAAUAAGUCCUGUAAAUACAAUGUCGUGAGGCUUGUGUAGCUGUCCUAGACUGCAGAAAUGCCCCCGAUCAAGUCCGAAGUCUGGUAUCACUAAGUACAUAGUGUUACAGCAACAAGUCUUUACAUGGCUCCUUUUUCUACAUUUGAUUUGCUUUUUCUAAGAGUAUUCAGAUCCCUUCUGGUGAGAUAGGAAGACCAUUAACGCAACUGGGCUUCAGAAUAAUCUAUGUGACCAAAUGUUGACCAGCCCUAUAAAUUGGUAAAUAACUUCUCUCU